CUCCUCUGCUCUCCUUGGCCACCAUCCCUUUCCCUCCCGCUACUUUGCUCUCAUUGCAUUCGCAACAUUCACAGUCUGUGGGAAAUUCCUCACAUACAAGCCAUGAAACCGACAUCCAUCUCUAUUGUCUUGGACACAGACACAGUCAGCCUGUUCGGCGAGCGCACACAGGCUGCCGGCCACAUCCUGACUGGCAAGGUUGUUGCCAGGUUCCGCACCACAACCAAGGUGCGCUCGCUGGACGUCUCGUUCACUGGCGAGCAGGCCAUCAGCUUCACACCACGCCCUGCCAGCGCCAGUGCCCGGGGCCGGCAAUCACCAGUGACUGCAAACAGGCGUCUGGCAGACAUCUCGCAGCAGCUGGUAAUACCGGGUGCCGACAAAUCCACAGCUACAUUUAGCGCUGGCAUGCACGAGCUGAGAUUCGAGCUGGUGCUGCCAGGCGACCUGCCGCCGACGGCCAACCUCCUGUUUGGCAGCAUUUCGUACACUGUGCGUGCCAAGCUAACGCUGACAGGUCUGCGGUCAAACUGCAGUGCACAGACACCGGUAGUGGUGGUGCGGAACCCCGGCGAAGGCAGCGAGUGGGCAGACGCAAGCGCCGAUGCUCUGAGCACCAGCGCUGAAUGGGAGGACAAGGUCAAGGUAACGCUGGCCCGCGACUCUCACAUCGUGGCAGACAGCGCGCUGGCCCAGUUCACAUGCAUUGUCGAGCCUGGCAUCAAGGGGUUGCGUCUAAUGGCACUCGAUCUAGUGCUCAAGGAGGUGCAGACGGUGUUCCGCGAUGCCGGCCAUGUGCCGGUCCACAGAGAGACGCAGGUGAUUGCACGCAAGCGCAUUGCCUUUGGCAGACAGGGCUCCGCAGCCGACAGCCGGGAAGAGCACCGGGUGGCGCUAAAUAUGCCGGCUGCCUACGAAGAUGUGCAGUUCGAGCUCCAGUCCGACAGCGUCACCGUGCGGCAUCAGGUGGUGCUGACAGCGCUGGUCAAGGCACCCGAAGGCGCUAUUGUCGAGAUGACCAUCCCCGCCUAUGUCUCGGUGCUGCCAAAUGCCGGCGCCAACGGCACCAUUGACCUGCCCCUGUACGAGAGCUCGGGCUCUGACCGGCUGAUCCAGACAUCCCAGUCUGUCAUUUUACCAGGCGCUCUGUCUGACUACGGCGCCCAGUCUGUCAUUUUACCAGGUGCUCUGUCUGACUACGGCGCCCAGUCUGCUGGUGCUGACAGCGCCGUUGCAGUGGCUCGUGACCUGCCCCCAUACUCGCUGCCUGUGUGCCCGUCGUGCGGCAAAGAGGACGUGUCUGUGCUGCAGUGCCACACGGCGGCUGCGGUUAGAAUCAGCCGGAUGCCCCCCAAUGCCGAGAUCGAGGACCUGUGUGCUGAACUAUGAAAACUAGAGCGUGGGUUGGGCUGUAUUUAUAACAAAACAUCAUAAAGACUGGUAUCCGAAGG